UUUUAUUCAACCGAUCUGAACCGGCUGGUGAACCGAACCGAGUUAAGAGGAAGGAGAGAAUGGCGGCAUUAACUAAAAAAAGCAUUAGCAGUUAAUAGUAAUGCUACAUUUAAAAUGUAACAAACGAUUAGCUUCAAAAUUCCAAAGAAACUCAAAACCAAAACUUCAAUUUCCAAAAUUCCCCAUCACAAUUCAGUUCUCUGCCUCCAUCUCCGACUCUAACUUCAAAUUCCCAUCAAUUUCUUUCUUUUUGCAGAGAACUGAUUUCAUUCCCAUCAAAAUUCUUUGUUAGAAAAAAAAGAAACUAAACCCAAAAUCCCAAUGGGACAGACAAAAAAUAGAGAUGUAGAAAACGACGAAAUUUAUCCCAUGAUGAUGGAGAGUCCUCAACUUCGGUGGGGAUUCAUCCGUAAAGUGUAUGCCAUCAUCUCUAUGCAAUUGCUUCUCACCGCCGCGGUUGCUGCGGCCGUGGUUUUCAUCCGUCCCAUUCCAAAUUUCUUCGUCAAAACCACUCCUGGUAUCAUCGCUUACAUUGGCAUCGUCAUCUUCACUUUCAUAGUUCUUUGUCCGUUGUAUGCUUAUCAUAGGCAUCAUCCAUGGAAUUUUAUAUUGCUUACUCUCUUUACAAUUGGGAUUGCCUUUUCUGUUGGAAUAACUUGUGCAUUCACCAAAGGGGAGAUAAUACUAGAGGCAGCGGCUCUAACAUCCGGAGUAGUAGUGGGCCUAACUCUCUACACAUUUUGGGCCGUGAAACGAGGCCACGAUUUCAACUUCCUCGGCCCAUUUCUCUUCGCCUCUCUCCUCGUACUCUUCAUGUUCGGCCUCAUCCAGAUAUUUUUCCCACUCGGAAAACUGUCGGUGAUGAUAUUCAGUGGGUUGUCGGCGUUAAUAUUUUGCGGUUACAUAGUUUACGACACCGACAAUCUCAUCAAACGAUUCACUUACGAUGAUUAUAUUUGGGCUGCUGUCUCCCUUUAUCUUGACAUCGUUAAUCUCUUUCUUGCUCUUCUUCAUCUUCUCAGAGUCCUCGACGCCUAAAUUCCACUUCACUAAAAAUAUCUUUCUUGGUCCCUAAAAUUUGAAUUUAUUUGGUUCUUACAUUUUAAAAGUUAAUUCAAUCUUAAAAAGUAAAAAUGUGAUAUUUUGAAUUUCAUAAAUAAAAGAAAAAUAAUAUAAGAGAAUUUUAAAUGGUUAUUUUGUUAGAAUGUGUGAGAGAGAGAGAUUUAGUUAUACCCUCCAAAUUCAAAAUUUGUUUUGUUUUGUUGUGUUGUGUAAUGAUAGGUGAUGAAUGUGGGAUGGGGUUUAGGAGAUUUUUAGUUUAUGGUGUGUGUGUUGUUUAAUGAUUGGUUUGUAAAGUUUUUUUUUUUUUUGUUGUUGUUGAGUUCUUUGUUAAUUAUUGUUUGUUGGUUGCUUUCACCUCUAAUCAUGGAGAUGGAGGUUUAAUAUCUAUCUAAUUCUCUUUUUAUUUUAU